AACCGGCGGGCCCAACAGUGUCGCACCCUGGGAAGGGCCUGUUAAAAAUGGUGCAGCCCCUGAAGAAGGUCAAGAUUGUGAAGAAGCGCACCAAGCAUUUCGACCGGCACCAAAGCGACCGGAAGGACUCGAUUAAGCCCUCAUGGCGCAGGCCCAAGGGUAUUGAUAACCGCGUGCGCCGCAGGUUCAAGGGCGCCCUGCCGAUGCCCAACAUCGGCUACGGGUCUAACAACAAGACCAAGCACAUGCUCCCGAACGGUUUCCUGAAGUACACGGUCCACAACGUUAAGGACCUGGAGCUGCUGAUGAUGCACAACAGGCGCUUCUGUGCCGAAAUUGCGCACAGCGUUGCCGUGCUCAAGCGCAAGGCUAUCGUGGAGCGCGCUGCUCAGCUGAACAUCCGCGUCAUCAACGGCAACGCUCGCCUGCGCAGCCAGGAGGACGAGUAAACAGCACGUCUUGCUGCGUGUUGUUGCUAAGCUCUGCUUGGCUUCUGCCGCCUGCUGGGGGGAGGAGAGCAGCCAGGGCUAUGGCUGCUGCAUCUACUCGCGUGUAAAUUUUCACCGUGCACACUUCAGAGUCGAUCCAUAGCUUUGGUAGCGACGAUAACAUGCUGAAGCACCUUCAGCAGCGCUAUACCUCAAUUGAAUGUCGGUUUCAGUUGCAUGAAUUAAUGACCUCCCUGGUAACGAUCUUACAACGUGAACAUGUCGGCGAUCCCGGCACAGUACUGAAUGGCAUCAAUCGCAAGACGCAGUCAGAACAGCUCAUCUAUCACCAAAACUACCAUGUUCCGUCCUUGCUCUCGAUUUCGCCGAGGAUUUCCGAUGCGAUACAGCUAAUCCUAACUAGUGAACACAAUCGUAUGCUAUACCUUGCUUCGUGUAAACAACGACCGCGCUGCUGAAUUUAAACACAUUCCUUAUCUGUAUGGCUCAGGAUUCGACAUCUGCACAGCCUCGACCACGCCACUAUUAUACAUGCAUGCACACUGUUGCACGCGGCUGAGCAUGUGCGGCAUCCCCAAAGCUACUACUAGCACCAGAACAAUGAGCAGCGGCCGUCAGGAGGUGGAGGACCAAUAAUCAGCACAAACACCACAAGUAAAAUCAGGCUGGCUGCCGUCCCUGCCUUCAAGAAGUCUGCAUUGCUCCAAAGGUCCACGAGCACCCUUUCCGCCCGGCGGAUACGCUCACCCUCUUGCCCUCCCCACCCGCCCGACCCGCUGCUGCCGCUCAGCACCCGCCGCGGCGGAGGGGCCCGGCGCGGCUCCGUCCGGCUUCCCGUCGUCCUGCGCCCG